CUCCCUUAAACUCGUGCAAGUACCCCAUACACGCAUAUUGGCAGUGUCCGCAGCGACGAGGACAGCAGCAGGGACGAGGAAGACCAUGUCAGACGGACAAAAGGCAGACUUGGGCAGACCACCGCAGGACAUCGUCGCUAUCUUCCAUGCCUCGUUCCACCCCACCAAGGGGAACGUCGUGGACUGGUGUCUAAAGGCAAGUAACGACCUCUCUAUCGACGGCGUGGAGUUUAGCACUCUGCCAAGCGGGUUGCACCUGGUUAACCAUGAUGUCGUUUAUUUCACGAAAGACACUCAUCCGGGCGUCUCGGUAUUUCGCCGCAGACGCACCUCUGAGCACGGUCAACGUGGUUUUCGCCUCUCCGCGCUAGGGGUUCUACUCGCACGCUCUUCCCGCCCCCGUCCAUGGUUGCACGUCGACGCACUGAACGCACUCAUCGACCAAAUAUACACUUCUGUCGAAGAAAGGGGGGUAUGUAUGUCCGAUCAGAAUCAAGGUGUUGUACUUGAGCCGUCGGAGGAUGCUGGUGACUGGGAGCCCGCACGUGCAUUCUUUGAGGAAAGAAUGGUCAGAAGAGCAGACCUUCGGGGCGCAGGUCAGUGGAGAGACAACCCUGCCGUCCCGCCGACACCUUCAACUCCAACACUACAUCUCCCGCACCUCCUCCGCAUCCUUGGGCCUUCUACUCUCACGCUAUACAAACACGUGUUAGGGAGACGGCGUAUUCUAAUAUACACGCUUCCACCUGUUGAGCCCGCGUGCGUACUUUGCCACGUGGCUGCAGAUCUGUGUUUCGAGGCACAAUGUAAAACCUUCUACGGUGGUAAGGGAGAACACAGUGAUGGAUCGAGCGCCAGGGGUGGUGGUCUUCCCACACGGUUAAGCGGUCGGUCGAGGGAGGGCAUCACAGUGCUUGGGAUGGUCACGUUGAGCGACCUUGACAAGAUGCAUCAUGAAGGGAAGACCGGUCGAGGCUGGAUCGCAUGCACAACUGACGCGAUAUUUCUUGAAAAACCAUCUUAUUACGAUCUUGUGAUCGACUUAACCACUUCGACCCCCUUGCGGUCGACCCGCCCAACGCUUUAUGUUUCUAAGCCUGUUCACCAGCAGUCGCCAGGCUCCCGAGGACCUACCCACAGGUUGUCGCUUGUCCGAUUCACGUGGAGCGACGUUAGGCUCUGGAAUGAACUCGAGCGUAUCUUACAACUUGACGUCGGUGGGACCGAUUGUCCAACGACAUGCUGUCGGCCACCUGUCGAUUCCCCUAUUCUUAAACACCCGACCUCCGGUUCCGUCGUUGCAGGUACCGGUACGACGAAAUCUCCCGGACUCUCGUCCUGGGCAGACGCAUGGCGCGUGUAUGAAGAUGUCUGCCUUGUAUGUGCAUCGCUCUGGAUAGGAUCGUGGCGCGGCAACUCUACGCAAUCGUAUUCGACCGUGAAUCCCGAUGGAUCGAAAGCUGACUGGGGAGGAGUGCGGUUGACUGGGGACGACGACCUUACCAUAGACGGGCCUCUUGUAAGGAAUAUUGGAUUGGGAAUUGAAGGAAGGCCAAGCAUGGUGUCGAAUGGAAUUGAGGGGAGCCCAAACGUGAAGGGGAUGAAGCGGUCUCGGGGCAUGUCCCUUGGUGUGGGAGGAGGCUCAAGUGCAAGCGAGAGCAGCAGUCGCGGACGCCAGGCGUCCACGGGUUCGGGGAUGUCGAUCGAGGAUAAUGGUAUUGCCAUGCAUGCGCCCGACGAUCCAGUGGCACGGAGGUUCCGGGAAGAGCGGUUGGAGAGACAGAUACGGACAACGUUGGCCUUACUGCAGACGUUCCAUGCGAACACAUGUUUCCAACUCUCCAGGCUUGCAGAGUUGACCUCUCCGGCGACUGGCAGAGCCAGUGCGAUGGCAACGACGGGCCAGCUCGUGGACGUUCCAUCCAUCGCGGAGACACCUGACCCCUCUGCACCGGCCUUGCCGGAUACCAACGUGAUAUACCUCACACCCCGGGACGUUCUCUCGUUUGAGCUUGGUCCAUUUAGUUCUCUGGAUGCACGCUACCUGGAGUGGCUCGGGGAGGAGUAUGGAGGUGGGAAGAAGGUCGUAGUAAAGAGGGGGUGGAAGGACUUGCUGGGUGUACUUCUCGGGUUCGGGUGAGCGGGGUGCGUUGGCCUAUCUCGGCCAUCACAGGCCCCUGCAACCCUUACAUUGGCGCAGCUCUCCUUUCUUUGUUUUCAUUGAACAUUGCCUACGAAGCCGUCAUGAGAUGAUGAUGAUACCACUUUGUCGAUCGAUUUAUUCAUCAGGGACAGCAUACGUAGUUGUUUGCUUUGAUUGCAGAGAUCUGGCAAAGUUCAGUAUACAGCUCUGGCCACAGCAUCGUUGGAUACAUAAAUAGUUCCAUCCGCAGCGACGACAGCCUGUCUUG